AGAAUUACUGUUAAUUUGGGGAACUAAUGAGGAACUCUGCAAGCAGAGCAAAUCAUUUUUACAGUAGCUUUAGACAAAGGAGUCUUACGCAAGAUUACCUUAUUUUUGUAUGCUGGACUUUUUGACUUGCUUUGGCUUGGAUCAGAUAUUAGAAUUCUUGUGUAGCACAUAGAUUACAGGUUGAUUUAUUUUUCAGGUAUCAAGAAAGGGAAAUGUGGAAGUUCAGCUCAAAAUACUGCAGGAAAGACUGACCACAAAGGGAGGACCCUACAGAAAAUCCAUUACAAAGGCCUUCUCUUAGGUGUGUGUGUGUGUGUGUGUGCAUCUGUAUGUCGGUGUGUACGCACACUUGCAUGCGUAUGUGCGCUGGGGUUGGGGAGUGGACAUCAGUCAAUUCUUGGACCUGGGGAGGAGCUUUCACCUUAAAUAUCUCUGCUGAGAUCCAUCUGGGAAGAAAUGCCACAUUGCUCCCUCUCUGCAUCUCAUAAGAGCACAGGACCAGCCAUCUCUCCAAUCAAAGCCUGCAAGAGGGAGACAGGAACAAAAGAAGCAUUAACAGCCAUACUGUGGAGACCUCUUCAUGUGACUGUUUUUUGUUUUUGUUUUUUCUCUCUCACAAGUCUACUCUGCAAAGCGCUGCUGUGAUUUUAACAAUUAAAGAACCUGUCAGACGCUAACUUGGAGCAUCUGUGGGAAGAUGGCACUUAGUUUAGGAACGCACCGGCUCUUUGCUCACUUAUAGGACUUACAGAACUUCAGCCCGUGCCUUGGGUGGAUGUGCAAGUCAGACUACCCACAGUCCUUUGCUACAGGAUAUCCUGGCGUGGUGCGUUUGCUGUGUGCGUGAUCCUGCAGAAGACUGCCGGACACAUCUCCAGACUGAUUCCUGCAGAACCGCCCAUGAGUAGCCAGACCAUCCCAAACAUCGGGGACUCGAGCCAGCUCCCCUCUCGACAGGACCAGGGCAGGGGGGAGCUGGAGGACCCGGGGGGCGAGGGGUACCCCACGGGCCAGCACGGGAGCAGCAGGGGGCCACUGAGGAUCGGGGGGAAACCCCACAGAGAGCUGAGCCCCAUGGAACAGCAGGAGCUGAGGAGGAAGAUCAACACCCGGGAGAGGAGGAGGAUGCAGGACCUGAACGUCGCCAUGGACGCGCUGAGGGAGGUGAUGGUGCCGUACUCCUCCCCUGCCUCGCAGAGCCACGCCCACGCCGCCCUGCCCGGGGCCCCGCCCGGCCGUAGGCUCUCCAAGAUCUCCACCCUCAUCCUGGCGCGCAACUACAUCCUGCUGCUGAGCUCGUCACUGCAGGAGAUGCGCAGGCUGCUGGGGGAGGUGAGCGUGGGCGUGGGGGCCACGCCCGGACCCAGGCUCCUGCUCACGGGGAGCUGGCCCUUCUUCACCCCCAGCCAGCUGCUCCUGGCCUCCGACUCCCUCCUUACCCCCACCAAGUGCCCCCUGCUGCCCGGCCCCACCGAAGAGCCCCUGCUGCCCCCCCUCCAGUGGGGCACGGCAGGGGGGGGUGCUCCCGGAGGCCAGCUUUGCUCCUGCGGGGUCUGCAGGCUCCCCCGAUUCACCCACAAUGGCCCUGUAUCUCGGUUCCCCAAAUAACGGCACCCCCCCCAUUUGGACUCUUCUGAAAUGACUUGUUCCUUAGAACCUCUUGGACUCUUAUGUGCAUGGCUCUGUAUGACGGACUUCAGCCUCCAUUUCACUAACCAGUUCUGAAAGUUUUUAGCUGAAAAUAAAUAGCCGUUUUCAUUUCAGCAACAGCUGAAGUAAAAUUUUAAAGGUGAGUUCACACUUUGAGAAUUAAUACAGGAAUAAAAUUUGUGAUUAUUAUGGCCUUGUGAGGAAAAUGUAUAUAUGUAUGUUUGUAUAUUCAUAUGCAUGGCCCUCAAAAUUAACAAUAACAAUAACAGUACAAUAAUUAGCACUGAGUCUUUCGUAGGUCAUCAAUUUGAAGGUUCCAGUCUUGUACAGGACAGCAUGCUCACACUUAUGUUCAGCACAAUGCAAAACUAAAUAUAUUUUUAAAAGUGUGAUCUGUGCUAUAGAGGUUAGACAUUGAUUUAAGGUAGUAUUUUGUACAUUCAGAGAUUCUAUAUUGCCUUUAAAAAAAUUAGAAUGACAUGAUUUAUAGUUACAGCUGCCUUUAGACAUACACUACAGUAAAAUCUAACAUAAUGUAACACUAGCCUUAAAUUAUUCACUGAACCCAAUAUGAUUGAUGUCACUGGUAUUUUUUUUUCUGAAGAAAUACAAUUUGAAAAUUGUACAAUUAUGUCCAUACAGCAAGCGAUUGAACUGAACAAGCCGGUGUGUGUGAAUGUAUAUGUAUGUGUGUGUGUGUGUGUGUGUGUGUGUGUGUGUGUGUGCGUGUGUGUGUGUGAGUGUGUGGGUGUG